AUGGAAAGUAGUCAAGCAUUAUCCCAGCGCCAACCGACCAACCGAGAGGAAAAUGAACGCGCGGCCGAUCUCAAUGGGAACCCCAACCCAAACAACGACGAGUCACCCAGUAAAGAUGCCUCGCAUCAACAACAGGAGGAAACAAAUAACUUCUCUUGGACGGACGUAGUCAGCAGAGCAGGUGAUCCCGGCUCCCCCUACACUCAGGAGAACCGGAGCCGCCGAGCACAAACACAAACGCUGCACCGAAAAAGGCUACCACCCCUCCCUAUCGACGACUACAAAGUGGUCAUCCGGCCGAGAGACGGUCUCAACCUCGGAGCCUGGAGUACGGACAAGCUCACACGAGCCAUCCUCGUGGCAUCUAAACUCUCGUCCACCGAAACGUCCGAUAUCACUAUAAGAAUCCGCCGUGACCAGAACCUGGCGAUCAUCAGCACCCCAAGACUAGAGACAUCCUCCCGCAUACAAGCAAUCUCGGCGCUAACUCUCGAAACCAGGCAAUACGAAGUCACAGCAUACCUGGCAGUCCCCGACAAUUCAUGCAGAGGCAUCAUCUCCGGUGUAGACACCAGACCGACAGCCGAGACACUCACUGAGGAAUUACGUGCCCCCGGGACCAACAUCUUGUACGCCAGAAUGAUGGGACAGACUAACACUGCCAUCAUCACAUUUGAGGGACUCAAGGUACCCUACUACGUGUACCCGUCGGGCGGUGAAUACCCAUGCAGACCCUACCAACCAAGAAAACAAAUAUGCGGCGUUUGCCUGGGCCUAGGACAUCGCACCGACGUGUGCCCGCAACCGGAGAAGAGCCGAUGCACCACCUGCGGAACACCUGGCGGUGCCAUGGAAGAUCACGAGUGCAAACCCUACUGCAUAAAUUGUGGCGGUGAACACCCAGCGGUCGACCCGCGCUGCCCGGCCCGACAGAGAGGACCAUACAACAAGAAACACGUCCAACAACACCAACAAAUGCAAGGACGACAGAAAUCACCCCUACCACCGCCACCGCCCCCACCGCCCCCACCAAGAAGUGCAGACCCUCAAUGGCCGAAACUACAAAGCAAAACCUGGGAAGAUCCUAAUCCCUUCAUCUUCCUGGCCGACUCCACACCGCAAGAUUGCCACGAGCCCAGCCCACCCACAGGACACCCGAAACACGUCGGCAGGAAUAACGGCCGUGUGUAA